CCGCAGGGCUCUUCGGAGACGGAGCUCUGGUCAGGAACGGCGUGAGGCUGCCCAUGCCGGAGCCCCGCCUCUAAGCUGUGCCUGGCGAAGCACCCGAGGCGUCGUUUGUGCAAAGCUCCCUCGCCGAGACCCUGACGGCGGACGGAAGAGAGCCCCACCGUGGGGUGUGUCCUCCUCGCUUUUGUUAGCCUCCAAGAAAUCCUUCACCUUCCUCUCUCGUCAUCAGCAUAUUCUUCUCCGUGUACUCUUUUCAGAUUCUUGGAACCAGUCUGACAUCAUUCAGCAAUUGCACAAAAUCACACGGACCUCUACUAAGCAGCUCUGCCUCCCAACGAAACCACCUCUCCAUCCUCGCGUUGUCACAUCCAACAACACCACACCCACAAUGGCAUCCCCCAACGGAACCUCGUACUUCCUGCCAGCCGAGCGGGCCCAGGGCCUCGCCAACUACCCGCACGCCCGCGUCGUCCCGGCCUCGCAGCAGAUCGUCUUCGUGUCGGGCACCUCGUCGCGCCGCGGCGACGGCACCUACGCAGGCUGCACGACCGACGAGGCCACGGGCAAGCACACGCUCGACAUCCGGCUGCAGACCGAGGCGGUGCUGCAGAACAUUGAGACCAUCAUCCGCGGCGCCACUGAGGGCCAGUGCGGCAUGGAGAGCGUGCUCAGCGCGACCGUCUACCUGACCGACAUGGCGGACUACAAGGGCAUGAACGAGGAGUGGAACAAGGUCUGGCCCGACAAGACCAGGGCGCCGUCGCGGACGUGUGUCCAGGUCGCCGCGCUGCCGAACGAGCGGCUGAACGUGGAGAUCCAGUGCCAGGCGCUGUGGAGGCAGUAGGAAAAGUGCAGGGAAUGGAGAUUGAUGGGGAGGAAGGCAAUGAAUGACAUGAGCGUUGAAUACAAUUUAAUUCGAAACA